GAUUCAUUCAGCCUUCCUCGCACUAUAAAUGAACAAGUCUGGCGCUGUAUGGUUGCAGCGGCUAUUUUCUCACCUUCUAAGUCUCUGCUUUCUGGGCAUAGGAAUUCUUCGCAUGGCUAAGCACUUUGUUCUGAACACGGGGGCGAAGAUACCCUCCGUGGGGCUCGGCACUUGGCAAUCGGAGCCUGGUGUCGUCGGAGCUGCCGUCAUUGCUGCGGUCAAGGCUGGCUACAGACAUAUUGAUUGCGCACGAGUAUACGGCAAUGAAAAAGAGGUCGGGUCUGCUCUUAAACAUGUUUUUGAGGAGGGUGUUGUCAAGAGAGAAGAUUUGUUCAUCACCUCGAAACUAUGGUGUAGUGAUCAUGCACCCGAAGAUGUGCCUGAAGCUUUGGAUACAACUUUGAAGGAUCUGCAGCUUCAUUAUGUUGAUUUGUACCUUAUCCAUUGGCCUUUUCGUGUUAAGAAGGGGGCUGGGUUGAGUCCACAAAACUAUGUAACACCAGACAUUCCUGCAACUUGGGCAGCUCUAGAGAAGCUCCAUGAUUCUGGGAAAGCUCGAGCCAUUGGUGUGAGCAACUUUUCUUCCAAGAAACUUGGAGAUCUACUUGCAGUAGCCCGUGUGCCCCCUGCCGUCAAUCAGGUGGAGUGCCAUCCUGGUUGGCAGCAGCCCAAGCUUCACCAAUUCUGUCAAUCCAAUGGUGUUCAUCUCUCUGCAUAUUCUCCAAUCGGCUCUCCUGGUACUCAUUCACUUAAUGUUCUUUCUCAUCCAAUUAUAACUAAGGUUGCUGAGACACUGGGAAAAACUCCCGCCCAAGUUGCUCUCCGUUGGGGUCUGCAAGCGGGCCACAGUGUGCUGCCUAAGAGCACAGGUGAAGCAAGGAUUAAGGAGAAUAUUGACAUUUUUGGUUGGUCUAUUCCUGAAGAUUUACUUGCCAAGUUUUCUGAAAUCGAGCAGGCUAGGCUAUCUACUGGAAGCUUUCUUGUUCACCCCCAAAGCGUUUACAAGAGCGUGGAGGACCUUUGGGAUGGCGAGAUCUAAUGAAACAAAACAAACUUUGUUUGAACUUUUUCUUUUCAAUCCCGCAUUUUCCAAAUAAUAAAUCUCGUACUACUUUGACCAACUUAGUGGUAUUUUUGGUGCUUUUUUUUGUUGAGAACUAUUUCUCUUAAAUAAAAAUGUAUGGGGUCUUCAAUGCUAUUGCUACUAUAGUUUUCGUAGCGGUGAAUGCUUUAUUAUGUCAUAGAGCAGAGUUGAGGUUGUGAGAGAUGUACAUUAUACUGCUCUAAUUCUAUCAAGUAGAAUAGUUUGUUGUGUGACUAUUAUAUGCAACAGUUAUAU